AUGCCCACCACGCCACUCGCGACCGAACCCAGUCUGUGUAUUGUGGUCGUUGGAGGGUACCAUACGCCGUGCUGGCUUCAUCAUAUAGCAAGAUUUCCGUGCCGUCCUCCACAGCGAAUGGAGGUGAAGCACGUGGAGGAGGUUCAGAAGCUCAGUGCGGUGAUAUCUGAGCUGGAGCUUAUACUUCACUCUGCCGCCGCUAAGCCGCCUGAUCCCCUCUUCUGCUUCGAUCUGCUCAAGAAUCUCCAUGCCUCCAUCGAGCAUGAACCCGAGGAGUCGCUGCAGCUCAUGCAGCGGCGCAGCGAGGACACUCUGCAGGCGUUGUUGCUGCAGGGCGCGGGGCCCCCGAACCGGCGGCUGCUGGCGGGCGCGCUGGUGCGCGUGAUAGAGCGCGGGGACUCCAUCUCCGUGUACUCGCGCGUCAGCUGCCUGCAGGGCUGGUUCUUCGAGAAAGGGGAGAAGCGGGCGACCGCUGUUGUUGGAGCACUGGAAGCGUUGACAACCAUCACGCGUGCGUUUGGCACGCGGAUUGCAUCCAGCCUCACAGAGACCGUCAACGUUGUCAGCAGGUUGCUGCGCAACGCAGAGCCCAGCGUGCGAAACGCCUCCCUGCAGCUGCUGCUGGCUGCGAUCGAGGUGAUGAAGGGCGCGGGGCCCACUUCCGCGUACACUGAUGCAGUGCGCGCACUCUCCAGCUACGGCGUCAGGGACAGGUCCGCCCUUGUGCGCGAAACCACGGCGCACUGCAUCCAGGCGCUGGCGGUUACUGGGGGACCAGGGCUGGCGGGAGGCGCGCUGGAUUCCAUGGCGCAGCUCUGUGUGAAGGCGGUGGACGAUCCUUCUCAGGCUGUGAGGGACGCCUUUGCUGCUGCUCUGGGAGCCGUGGUUCUCGGCCUCAACCCCUCCGCUCAGAUCGUACCCAGGGGCAAGUCGUCAGCAGCACCCCCCAAGGCCAUGGACAACGCAAUUCAGAAGUAUCUCACCACGCCGUUUGUUCGAGCCCCAGCAUCGCGCAGCAAGGAGAUUCGCCUGGCCAUUGCCAUGGCAUGGGUGGCUCUACUCCAGAGUCUGAGGGCGCAGUACGGAGUAGCAGACAUGGACCUGGUGCCCUAUGGCAUGCAGGCCCUGGCGCUGCUGCCCGCCUAUGCCCGCUCCAUUGACUCGCAGGCUCAGGCGUGUGCGCUGUAUAUUCUUCAAGUGGGGCUUGUGGAGCAGAUGGGGGAGGAGGCACAGCGAGAGUUUACGCGGACACUCACAAACCAGCUGACUGCCAGUGACAUGGGUCCACACAUGCUCGUUGCUGCUCUGCGCACACUCUCCCACCUCCUCAACACGCUUGGCGAGGUCACACAAGCAGCAAGAGAGGCACUGGACUACGGUCUCCUGGCAACUCUCUCCAACCCCUCUCCUGCUGUGCGGGUGGAGGCAGCGCGCACCAUCAAGGUGUUGGCACAGGUGGACGCGUCCCGUGCCCACUCCUUCAUCCUCUCCGGCUUCACUGCGCUCCGUGCGCUCAGGGAAACCAUCAACACAGAGAAGGGCGAGCGUCUGAAGGUGACUCUAGACUCCCUGCACGGCCAGGCGCUCAUGCUCUCCGCUCUGCUCGUCCUUGGGCCCAAGCUGCCUCUCGGCCUCCCUUCCAGCCUCUCGCUCUCCAUUCUCGACAUGGCACAGCAGAUGGUGCUGUCGCCAGGCCAGCUGCCAGCAGCAGCAGCAGCAGACCACGAGGCUGGCUGGAUCCUCAUCGCCUCGCUGCUGCUCUCCAUGCCCAAAGAGGAGGUGGCGCGGAGGGAGGUGGAGUUUCUUGCCCUGUGGACCAUGCCCUUUGGGGGCAGCUGUGCCGACCGAGUCAAGAGAAUCGACGCUGCGAGCCUGCCUGGGGAGCUCAACUGCUGGUCCGCAGCCAUGGAUGCGCUGAGGGCGUUUAUUGUGAGCUAUGUGGUGCCCAACCUGUCAACGCCGUCUGUGGCCGAGACCAUCAACCCCAUCAUGGGCUACCUCUCAGGAGCACUCACGUACAUCGCGUCAUCAACCCUGGGCGAGGCAUCGUCAUCAGUGAAGCAGCAUGCGGAGCUGUUCAUAGUGCGCACGCUCAACACCUUCCACGCUCUGCCCGACCCUGCGCUCUACCGCCACCUGCACCCCAUGCUCAUCGACAUCUGCACCGCUCCCUUCCGAGAGACGGCAUCAUACCCCAGCAGCUCUCUCCUCCGCACUCUGCUUGAACCCAGCGACGCCAAUCUUGGCCCCUGGUUUCCCGGAAGGGAUGUGUUGGAGGACGAGUUGCGAGCACUAGAGGGUGGCAUGGAUGGGGUAAUUGCGUCAGUCUGGGAGGAUGACACCUCCACCUUCCCACAGUCCGUGCCUUUGGGAGUGGCUCUGGUCGACUCCAUGCUACGCUGCUUCAUCGCCCUCUUCCCCAUCCAGGUUCCAACGUCCAAGCUGGCACUAGUGGAUACCUUGUCAGUGGCCGUGAAGGGCAACAAGCGCCAGGCUCUGCGCGUGUCUGCCACUGCCAAUGCCUGUGUGGUGGUCGUCGGCACUCUCAAGGCCAUGGUAGCGCGCAAGGCAAAGGAGGAGGAUGCAGAGACCCUGCGUCGCAUCCAGGCGCUGGUUCAGAGCUUUGUGGCGAGUGACCCGUCCAACCCAGCAUUCAAGAGGGCGUCCGCCGAGGCCCUGGGUCUGCUGGCGCGCUUGGGAGAUGACCUCUUUGCUGCGCGCCUGAUCCGGUCACUGCUGGCAGAGGGGGAGGCGGCCACUGACCCCUCCACCAGGGCAGCUGUUGCUCUCGCAUUCGGAUCAGUGCUCCGCAGUGUGGGCGGGAUAGCGUUGUCGUCCUUUGUGUCCCCAGUGGUGCAGUUCCUCAUGACCAUGGCACGAGCACCAGGCGAGCACCUGGGGCACAUCUGGGCACUGCACGCGCUCUGGCUUGCUGCUGACGCAGCUGGCCUCUCCUACACUCCCCAUGUGCAGGCCACCUUGUCUCUGCUGAUGGAUGUACUACUGUCGGACGACCACGUCGCAGCGGGCUUGCCUCAGAGCGUGGCUCGUCUGGUCAAUGCCCUGGUGGCCGUCUUUGGCCCUGAGCUGCUUCCAGGCUCCACUGUCUUCUACCGCUGCAAGUGCAUCCUGGAUGACAUUAGCCAGAGGAACGACCCUGCUGCACAGCUAGAGUGUGUGCUGUACACGCAGCAGCUGGUGCUGUUCGCACCUCAGGCCAUGCCUCUGCACCACCAUGUUACCACCCUCCGCGCCACCCUCACCUCCCGCCAGCCGAGUCUGCGGUUUGCUGCCAUUUCCACCUUGCGGCACAUGUGUGAGAGAGAGCCGGCGGCCAUGGUGUCAGAGCAGAUAGAGGAGGACCUCUUUUCCAUGCUGGACAACGAGACAGACCCCAGGGUCAUAUCUGGUGUGUGCAUGGCCUUGGAGCGACUACUCGAGGCUGCAUGCCCCACAUACCCCAGUCGAUGGCUUCGCCUCUGCAAGAACGUGGUGCUAGCAGCGUCUGCUACAAGGAGAGCAGGCGAGGCAAAGGAAGUCGCAGGGGAGGGGCGGAAGGGGGAAGCAGGGGAAGACGAGGAGGAUGAUGAGAGUAUGGUGGCGGCAGCGGGGGAUGGGGCGCGCACAGGGGGAGCAGCAGGAGCGGGGCCGGGGGCAGGGGUGGCAGGAGGGGCAGGAGGAGCGGGGAAAGGGGGCGGAGGGGCGGGGAUAGGUGGAGGGACGCCGAUUGGGGGUGUGGGAGGGGGGGGAGGAGGGGCAGUGCGGAGGGGAGUGGAUCAGCUGCCGAGGUUUAGGACAAGAGUGUUUGCAGCCAAGUGUCUAUCCCGUCUGCCUUACAUGGUGGGCUCCGACCCUGCUCACUUUGACAUCACCCUCGCAAAGCAUAAGGUGGACGCGAUGAGGCAGGCAGGCCGGGAGAGUGGAGGAGGCAGUGCACAGCAGGCGGACUGGCUCGUGCUGCAUCUGGGUGACCUCGUGGCUGUGGCCUUCCAGAUGGCAACAGGAAGCAUGGAGGGCGUUCGGCCCAUGGGAGUGUCUCUCCUUGGGACCAUACUGGACAAGUUUGGUCACACAGAGGAUCCAGACUUUGAGGGCCACAUUCUGCUCGAGCAGUACCAGGCGCAGUAUGUGUCCACUGUGCGCACAGCCAUGGAUGCUGCAAACAACCCGCUGCUGCUGCUGGCAGGUGCCAGGCUCGCAGAUAAGGUUGUGAGCGGCAGGCUAAGAGGAUCAGACGAAUCUGUGGUGCCACGUGUCAUGACCCUGUUGGCCACGCCACUCAGCAAGUGGGAUGCCCUGGGCAACUGGUCCUACGCAGAAUGGGUUGGCUUUAAGGUGAAGGUGGAGCUAGUGGUGCGGCAUGCCCGCCUCAAGUCCCUCACUCUCGCCUCCUACGACGCGCAGCUCGCAGCAGCAGGCGCCCCUGCCACAGCAGCCACUCCCGACGCCGGAUACGACUCAGAGGACGAGCAUUUCGAGUCCGACACGCGUCUCGCCGCCCUCCGUAAAGUGCGGUCUGCGGUCGAGCAAACCCCCGACUUGCUCGUGUCCCACUGGGUUGCUCUCCUGCGUGACUACCUCGCUGCGUUCUCCCUCGAGCCAAACGUGCAGGCGGUGUAUCGGUCCUCGUACGCUGCUGAAAUGUCCCCUUCCAUGCUUCCCCUGAUCAAACGGUACCUUCUCGCGUCGUCUCCUGUCGUUCUGGACGCGGCCACGUUAGGCGUGAAACCGAACCUUGGGAUUGAUCCGAAGCAGUUUCACCAACUCUGGGCUGCUUGCCUAUAUGCUAUCUGCCAUCCUGCUGGGGAUAAGAGCAGUGGGGCUGGGUCUGGGGAGAAUGGAGGGGCAGAUGGGUCAAGGAGACCAUCGGAGGAUGGGCAGCAGCAGCAGGGGCAGGGGCAGCAGCAGGAGGGGGGGCAGGAGCAGCAGGAGCAGGGGGGUGAGGUGGUGAUAGGAGAUUUCUUGCAAGCGGAUGGGUCGUGGGGUUGCAAGGGAGGCAGCGAGGCGGCUGUUGGGGAGGGGAGGAGUGUGGCGCUGCGGGCGUUGGGGCGGUUGAUGCAGCGGGAGUUCUUUGGGGGUGACUUUAUCGAGGAGGAGGAUUGCCUGGAGCUGCUGCAGGUCAUAGCGUCAGUCAUGGAGGAUGCAGACACAGCGAUCAAGGCACAGGCACUGGACGUCCUCACCAAGUUCAUGACAUGUGCACCAGACGCCCUGGUCUCCAACUUGGAUAUUGUCUCGGCUGUUCUGGCUGCAUGCAUGCACCUGCUGCACUCCGCCCUGCACAAUGCCACUGACAGCGCCAGUGCAUCCGCUGCGUCGCUGUCGGCAGCAGAGGCAUCUCUGCUCAUCUCAGCCCUCAAGCUCAUCGCCUCCAUCGCCUCUCGCCUCUCCUCCCAGGGCAAGGUGCUUCUACUGCCCAGCAUCAUGACCACGUGUCUGCGCCUGCUGCGCUCUGCACCCCUCUCCGAUUCCUCCUCCUUCGAUCAAGCCGACUCUCUCGCUUCAUCAGCAGCAGCAGGAGGAGCAGGGGUGGAGGAAGGGUGGGGUGCGGUUCUGGCAGAAGCCACGGUCACAGCCAUUGCUGCGGCUCGCAUAGGCUCCUGCGCCGAUCCCACUGCAUCCCUGGGCGAGGUGACUCUGUGGUCGGGGCAGCGGGCCACAGUGGUGGCAGCACUGCUGGAAGGAGCUGCGCAAAUCGUGGACCGCCACCUGUCCACCCUGGAUUCGUCAGGGGCUGAUGCAGCUGGUGAAGCCAGCAGCGGUGCUGGGAGCUCAACAGCAGGUGGUGAUGGUGAGGAUGCUGGAAAAGCAGCAGCAGCAGCAGCAGCAGCUGAGGCAGAUUCAUCCAAUAGCUUUCUUGACAUGUCAUCCACUCCCCUUGACAGCAUCCCCAGCGCUGACGUGGCCUUCUCAACCAUGUCGCCGCCAUCGUCCCCGUCAGCGCCACGUGGCGGCUUCUCAGAGCCGGAGGGCGCUCCGAGCUCCACGCGUGCGCUGCACGCGCUGUCGCUGCUGGCGGCGCUGCCGCCGCUGGUGUCGGGAGCAGGAGGGGACUACUUUGCGAUUCAGCUUGCAGAGAGCGGCACGGCUCGCUGCGUGCAUGCAUUCGAGACAGCAUUUGCAUCCAAGUCACGACAGGUGCGCAUGGCAGUGAUAGGAGCACUCAAGGUGCUUCUGCAGGCAGGAUUGCCCAAGGCUCUGGCAGCAGCAUCGGCAGCAGGAGCAGGGGGGGAAGGAGCAGAGGGAGAGAGCGACAUGAGGAGGCAGGCGACAGUCGUGUGGUGGCCCAUGCAGCUCAUGCUCGCGCUCACUCCUGCUGUUCUCUCUGUCAUUCAGACCUCCUCCAAGGACCUGCAAACCCCCCAGGCGGCCAACGAGGUGAUGGAGGCGCUGAAGCUCUUCCUGCUGCUGCUCUCCACCAUCCCACCCCCGGACGCCAAGGAGAAGCUGCCAGGGGCAGCAGCAGCAGCAGCAGCAGCGGGUGGGGAGAGGCAGCAGGCGGUGCUGGAGCUGCUGCUGGUGACGGCGAUCAUGGCAGGGUCCAUGGCCCAGCCAGCAGGCGGGGAGGGGCAGCAGCAAAGCCCAACGCAGGCAGCAGUGAUAGGCAUGGCAGUGAAGCUCAUCACGCACCUUGCCACUGCCUUCCCCGCCAACCUGCAAGCUGCCACCGCCGCCCUUCCCCCUGCUACCAAGCUACAGUUGCAGACCGUAAUCAAGUCUUCCGUCCAGCAAACACAGCAACGCCGUGUCUCCGCCUCCUCCUCCCCUGCUGCUCCUCUCGCCCCUCCACCUCUCGCCAAAGCCGUUGAUCUGUCCUCCCAGGCACCAACAGCAGCAGCACCUGGUGCUGCUUCUGCUGUAACUGGCGCUGUUGAUGUUGACCCCUUUGACGACUUCCAGGCUGCUGUUCCUGCUGCUGCUGCUCCCUCACCUGCUGAGUCAGCGGCAGUUCCUGUUGAGUCAGCGCCUCCUUCUGCUGAGUCAGCAGGACCCAUCGGCGAUUCUGGCCUUCCAGUCUUCGAGACGCUUACAGCAGCAGCAGUGCCAGAUCAAGCUAAGAAGGAUGAGGACAAGGAUCCCUUCUAUGACUGUGAUCGACUCGAUGUGGAGGAUGUGGAGGAUGAUGAGGAUGAAGGGCCGAAGAAAGGUGGCUUUGUAGAUGAUGAUGAUGACUGGUAUUAA